AUGACUUAUCACCACAGACAGUCCGACUUGACGUUCUUGCAUAUUCUGAGCGUGGCCUUAUCGAUUGUACAAUUAACCUAUGCAAGUUUUCAUUCUGCAAAUGUGAUUAGGGCAGUGGAGCAGGUUAAAGAAGAAUACGACUAUGUCAUUGCUGGAGGAGGAACCGCAGGUCUUACGGUUGGCGAUCGCCUUUCUGCAGAUGGAAAAUACUCUGUGCUUGUUAUUGAAUAUGGUAUCUUCGGUGGCGUGCUUGCGGGCAUGGAUCCCUCGCGCGAAUUUGUCAUUCCAUCGAUCCCACAAGCUGGCCUAAAUAACCGCUCAAUCCCCGUCGUAGUGGGAAAGCUUGUUGGAGGUUCAUCAGGAAUCAAUGGACUGCAAUUUUUUCGCGGCACCAAAGAGGAGUACGAUCUGUGGGCCCAGGUCGGAGGCAAUGGCUCUACAUGGGACUGGAACGGCAUGCUUCCAUACUUUAAGAGGGGCAUUCAUUUUGUUCCACCUCUGGAAUACCUUGCAAAAGACUUCAACAUCUCGUGGGAUAUGAACGCAUGGGGUCAGGACAACGACACAAGGGUCUUUGCGGGCUACCCAAACUAUCUCCAACCAGAGCUCAAGCUUUUCUAUGAAGGUAUGGUUAAAAUGCCUGGCAUUGAGAUUCCGAAAGAUGGCAAUGCGGGGACGGACGGUCUCUACUUCUACCCUACCACGAUGGAUCCUGCCUCCUAUUCUCGCUCCUAUUCUCGAACUGGCCACUGGGACGGGAUUAACCGAUCGAACUACGAGCUUCUGAUUAGCUCCAAAGUGACCAGAAUAGUCUUCGACGGCAAUCGUGCGAAAGGUCUCUCCUUCGUUCCCAUCAAUGGGAAUUCAUCUCAAAUCACUACGGUCAGGGCACGAAAGGAAGUCAUCAUCGCAGCAGGCGCAAUUCACACACCGCAGAUCUUACAGUUAUCUGGUAUUGGGCCUACAUCCGUCCUCCUCGCUGCAAAUAUUUCGCAAAUGGUUGAUCUUCCAGGGGUUGGAACCAACUUCCAAGACCACGGUUAUAUUCGAGGCCCACAGUUCGUAUGGGGAGCCCAGCCUCCUGUCCCAGUUGUUAACACUUCUGGAGAUCCAAAAACGGGUCUCACAGCGAAUCUGGGAGCUAUUAUUGGACUCCCGGUGAUUACCCCAGAGAAAGUUGAGUCUCUCGCGCAGGCAUUCGAAAACCAAGAUCCAGCCCAAUACCUCCCAAAGGAUGCACAUCCUCACAUAGUAGCUGGCUAUAAAGCACAGAAGGAUGCAUUUGCGAAAAUAUUCAGAAGUAAAAACACCGCAUGGAUGUGGCUCAUCCUUGGGGGAACUCCAAGCUUCGGGCCUGCACAUCAGCAUCCAAUGUCACGUGGCACCGUGUAUAUUGAUCCCAAGGACCCGAGCGGGGAACCAAUUGUGGAUUACCGCGCGUUCUCAAAUCCUAUAGAUGUUGCCACUAUGAUUGAGAUGAUUAGGUUUACAAGAAAAUACAUGGCUUCCGAAACAUUUGCCGCAUACAAGCCGAAAGAAGGUCAGCCCGGUGCAAGUGUGGAGAGCGACGCUCAACUUGAGAAUUGGAUUAGAAGACAGUAUAUUCCAAGCGUGUACCACCCUGUUGGAACAGCUGCAAAAAUGCCCCGAGAGCUUGGUGGAGUGGUGGAUGAAGAGCUUUUAGUAUAUGGGGUCCAGGGGCUUAGCGUGGUAGACGCAAGUAUCAUGCCGAUCAUCCCGGGAUGUCCGACAACGAUGACAACGUAUGCAAUUGCGGAAAAAGUAAGUUUUCAAACCCCAUUUAACGGGGUCAAGGCUAAUCAUCAGCAGGCAGCAGAAUAUAUCAAGAAGCGAACACAGGGCUAG